AUGCAAUCCGCCUAUAUUUCAACCAAAUCUAUUAAACAUCAUUACUCUAUAUAAUAACUAAGAGCUCCAAAGACAUCCCUCUCAACUAUCUAUUCAGUUCCUUGUAUGAACUGUGAAAAUCUUAUACCAAUUAAUGAAAUUGAUAAUCAUACUAUGAAAUGUUUGAGUGUUUCAAAGAAUGUUACAGCAGUACUUAAAUCUAAUAAACUAUUGGAUGAAAUCAAUUUUAAAAUUUCCAAAUUAAGAGAAUCCAUAUUACAAUUGAAUAAAAAAGAAUCUUAAUAAGAUAAUAUUAAGUAUCUUAAUAGAGCUGAUGAAAUGUCUGAAUAAAUCCUUACUAUUCAAAACAUUAAUUCUAUUGAACUGCGUAAGUUACAGGAUCUUAAUUAAGAAUUAAAGACAAUCACUGAAUCAUACAGAGGUUCUUUAGCUAUUGCUCUUUAUCUUGAACGUCUCCAUUCUCUCGCUUUAUAAAAGUAAACAUAGCUUGAAAAAGAUAUGCGUACACCUAGAAUAGAUACUUAAAAAUAUAAUCUUAUCAAUUCUAAAAAUAAUGACUACAACUCACAAAGUAAUAACAACCCAUUAAAUAAUUACAAUUCUUAAAGUAAUUUCAAUUCAUAUAAUACUAAUUCAUAAAGUAAUUUAAAUGUAUAUAAUACUAAUUCCAAUCUAUAAAGUAAUAAUAAUUCAUAAAAUAAUUACAAUCUUUAAAACAAUUACAAUUCAUAAAAUAAUUAUGGUAGUGUUCAAUCAGUUCGAUAACAUUAAUAAAGUGAAUACAAUAGAUCUUCAUAAUUACCUCCUCCAUCUUAAUUUUAAAGUCCUCUUUUAGGAAGACCAACAGUUAUUACUAAAUUUUCAGGAAGCCAAGAUAGAAAUGGAUUAAAUGAUAUGAAAAGUGAAAUUCUUACAAAAAUCUCAACAUCAUAAUUCGAUGAAAGUGAAAUGAAUCAAAUGGAAAGUGAUGUAAAUAUUUCGAAUUAAUACAAUUAAUAAUAGAGAAUCUUUUAUUCAAAAUGUUUAGCUUAAAAAACAAAAUUACCAAAUACACAUCCUUCUUAAAAAAUACCAUUAUGUAUUUUACAUAAAGAAAUGAUUUAGAGAAAGAUUCCAAAUGGAAUAUGGGAUAAAUUUAUUAUGGAUGCUCUUAAUAAUCCUCAUCAAUAUCUUGAUAUGAAUAAAGUAUAAAAUACAUAAGGAUUCAAAAAUUAACUUAGAUCUAUGACUUAAGAACACUAAUUUAAAUAAAGAAUUCACAAUAUCUGA